CCCGUCGCCGCCAAUGGGCCUCAGCAGCUUCAGAAACCCAGUCACAUGCUUGUUUAUCACCAUGUUAACAGUCUACGUACUUUACUCUUCCAAGCUUAUUCUUCGUAAAGACGAAUAUCCCAAAUGUUCUUUACAAACUUCAGACGUAUCUGCGAAAGAAAAUCUUCAAACGGUUCUUCCUCAGCCUGUUAACAAUUCUUCUGAUGGAAGUAAGAAACAAGAGCAGCCACCACCGGUGCAGCCUGUUAUUACCCCUUAUACGACCCCAGAAGGUGAUACAGAGAUUAAACACGUCGUUUUUGGGAUUGCUGCAUCGUCAAAUUUGUGGGAGAAAAGGAAAGAGUACAUAAAGUUAUGGUGGAGACCGAAGGAGACUAGAGGGGUGGUAUGGUUAGAUAACAAUGUGAAUGCCAGUAAAGAUGAAGGCAAUUUGCCUGAGAUUCGGAUUUCUGGAGACACGUCGAAAUUCCAGUACACAAAUCGACAGGGUAAAAGAUCAGCAUUGAGGAUUUCUAGGGUUGUUUCUGAGACAUUAAGGUUGGGAGUGAAAGAUGUGAGGUGGUUUGUUAUGGGGGAUGAUGACACAGUUUUUAUUAUUGAAAAUGUGCUGAGAGUGCUUUCUAAAUAUGAUCACAAACAGUUUUAUUAUAUUGGGAGUUCUUCAGAAAGUCAUAUUCAGAACAUAUUUUUCUCAUACGGAAUGGCUUAUGGUGGAGGGGGAUUUGCCAUAAGUUAUCCAUUGGCAAAAGAGCUGGAGAAAAUUCAGGAUGGAUGCAUACAAAGGUAUCCUUCAUUAUAUGGCAGUGAUGAUAGGAUUCAGGCUUGCAUGGCUGAGCUAGGGGUCCCACUUACCAAAGAAAUUGGUUUUCAUCAAUAUGAUGUGUAUGGAAACCUAUUAGGCCUCUUGGGAGCUCACCCCGUGGCUCCAUUGGUGUCACUUCACCAUCUGGAUGUAGUGGAUCCAAUAUUUCCAGGCAAAACUCGAGUUCAGGGCCUCAAACACCUGUUUGAAUCUGUCAAGCAAGAUUCCGCCAGCAUAAUUCAGCAAUCAAUCUGUUACGAUAAGCAAAGGUACUGGUCAAUCUCCGUCUCAUGGGGCUUUGUCGUUCAAAUCAUUCGAGGAAUCAUUUCCCCAAGAGAGCUGGAAAUGCCAACACGAACAUUUCUUAACUGGUAUCGAAGAGCUGAUUACACGGCAUAUGCAUUCAAUACGAGGCCUGUCAGUAGGCACCCUUGCCAGAAGCCUUUCUUGUAUUACAUGAACACAACGAAAUACGAUGAAAAGAGGAGACAAAUAAUUGGCGUUUACAACCGUCACAAGGAAUCAUAUCCGUAUUGCCGGUGGAAAAGUGAACCACCUGAAAAACUCGAUUCCAUAGUCGUCCUGAAAAGGCCUGAUAGCAGCCGUUGGAAGAGGUCACCAAGGAGGGAUUGUUGUAGAAUUUUACCUUCGAAAAAGAACUCACCUAUGUACUUAUGGGUCGGUAAUUGCAGAGCAGGUGAGAUUAACGAAUUGUAAUGGCAACAGUAGAACUGAUAUUCUUUCACUCCUCCGUACUUCCCUGGGGAGUAAUGGCAGCGUAAGAGCGAAAUUGUCAACACCAAGGACGUUAUUCAUGGAAAUCAGCACAGAAGGACAAAUAUAUUCAUCUUUAUAACACAGAAAGCACAU